GGAAGCAGGAAGAAGCAUUGCAUCUGUUUCUCUUGGAGGGGGGGCGGUUUUCCUGGGUGCGUCACGGGGGUGGGGGGGUUGUCUCUUCGGGCCUUCGGCUGGAUGCGGAGCUGGGGAUGCAAGGCUGCUGGCGAGGCUUUGCGCUCUGAAGCGCCGCCUGCUCGGCUGAGCAAAAGUGCGCCGCAGGCCUAGAGGUGCUUCCGAGGAGCAGGAGGGUCAAGCAGGGAGGACCCGGGGAGAAGGACGAGCCUCCAGGCGAGAGAUUGCCGCAAAGCAGAACGGAACUCUCCACCUCUUCUUCCCUCCGAGCUUUGCGGUGCAUCGCCGGGGCUAAAAACCUGGCCCUCGUCCUUGAAAGAUAGAUAUUGUUACUCAGUUCUACCAAAGUACGCACCAGCAUGGCUUCAUGGAAUGGCAGCAACCCAGGAGACAGGAGAAGAACAGGAGAAAGGCGCAGAUCAUCUCAAGAAACAUCAGAGGACUUGGUAGCUGAACAGACUGAGGAGGUGUUCCGGAGCUAUGCUUUCCAUCGAUACCAGCAGGAGCAGGAGCAAACUGAGGGGGAUGCGCCAGUUGAUCCAGAAAUUGCUGCAAUUCAGCAGGAGCCAAAUAGCAUCAACAAUUCGGUGGGUCGACGCUUAGCUAUCAUUGGUGAUGACAUCAAUGCACGGUAUGAUAAGGAGUUCUCUGAGAUGCUGAAGUCCUUGCAGCCUUCCAAGGACAAUGCAUAUGAGUACUUCACCAGAAUAGCCUCCAGUUUGUUUGAAAGCGGCAUCAAUUGGGGGCGUGUGAUAGCACUGCUGGGCUUCGGCUACAGGAUGGCAAUCCAUGUAUACCAGCAUGGCAUAACUGGCUUCCUGAGAAGAAUUGCACGUUACAUGGCUGAAUUCGUGCUACACAAUCGCAUUGCACGAUGGAUUGCUCAGCAAGGAGGAUGGGUGGCAGCACUGGACUUGAGCAAUAUUUAUUGGAAAUACAUGUUGAUGAUAGCCUCCGUGAUUGUGCUGGGCCAAUUCGUUCUACGGCGUUUCUUCAAUGACUGACAGGAAAAGAAAAUGCUGCUGGUUUAUUGCAUAAAAAAGAAAGAUCCAAGAAACAACAAAAUGGGAAAUAAUGCAUGUUACCAGCUUCUGUUCCACCAGGACAUCCAUUUAUUAAUCCUCUGCGUGGUGAUUCCAAAGCAAAAACUUUAGUUAAAAGAAGAGUGGCACCAACCCUGAGGCAGAAUUUGUUCCAUCAAGCGGCCAUUGACCAGCAGAUCUUCAUGGGAUACUCCAGGCAGGUACUCAUGGUAUUGCAGACAAGAAAAAUAGGUGCACUUCCCUCUGCAAGGUCUUUUUAAGAAGAACACCACCUCUUUGAGUUCAUUCUCAGGACUAAUUGAAUUCUCAAUCAGCUGAACCUCAUCACCAUAGAAAGAGUAAAACCACAAGGGGAAUGUUCCAUGAUCUGUACAGACCAAUUUUGAGCAGUUUUGCUCCUACGAGCUGGACCAGGGCUGAAAAAAUUGACUAAUUGCAGAGCUUUCUGAAUUUAUCUGUGAAUCACAUGCAAGGUUAUACAUGCUAGAUAUGAAUAUAUAUCUAGAUAUUCCAGAGAAGGGGAAUAAUGUGAUAGCUGCAUUAUUUUUUAUAGGCACUUUUUCAUGCACUUGAUAAUUGCUGCCCUAAGUUGGUUGUAAUAUGGGCAGAGUAGCUCCUCUUGCUUUGUAGUGACUCUUCUGAGGUGAAGAGAGUCAGCUGCUUGUAAAGAUUAAGAAAUGAAGCUUGCUUCUUUUCAAAGGAUGGUGCUCUGUUUCCCUUUGGAUUAGGUAUGAUUGUGGUUCACCUCAAAGGUUGAUAUGUGUUUGGGAGUGGGCAGCAAAGAAAUGGAGAACAUUUCUUCAGGUUCCAUUUUUUGACAAUCGUUAAAUCUGUUUUUACCCAAAGGAUGGACAAAAUGUGAUUUCCUGCGGUCGUGGGAGUUGGAAUCUGCUUUCCCUAAUGAAAAAUGGGCAAAAUCCAGCCAAGUUGAGCAAAUUUUAAGGCCCUUUCCUAGGAAGUUUACUCACUUCUGAGUAAAUAUGCAUAUAAUCAGGCUGUAAUCUUGUAUUGAUUUCAGUGGAAUGUACUUAAUCUUCCAUCUGAAAUUGGUGGAAUAUACAAGUGCAUAACAUUGUUCGGAUCAUGCUUAGCUAAAUUCUUCCUUGCCUGUUUCAUGAAACUUCUCAAUGGGAACACAGAGGAGAAGGAGCAGGCAAAUGUACAAAGCUGAAAUUUUCUGUUCAACAUAAUUAUUUUUUAAUCUUGAGGUUAUUAUUUUUUUUAAAAAGAAAUCCAAAACUAAUUUUGUUAUUUUUCUUCCAAUACUCUCCCAAAUGUUUACUUUGUAUAGUUUUUUCCUAAUGCCAAGUCUUAUUUUGAUGUCUAAGAUAAAACUACUACUACAUCAGGAAAAACUGACAUUUUGGAUACAACUGUGUUCUCUUUGCAUACUUUAUAAAGCCAUAAUUCAGUAAUGAAA